UUUCACCGGUGCCAAAUAUCCCGGAUAUUGAACAUGGAACAGAUGUCAACAAAGUGCGUAGGCGAUGCAAAAUAAGAAACAAUUGACAUAUUUAUUUAAAAAACAAGCAUGAGGACCUUCUAAAAUAAAAACUAACCAGAACAAUUCAGGAAACAAAUAUGGCUUCAACAACAGACGAUACUGCUAACUAUGACAGCUAUGAUGAGCAAGAAUAUGAUUCUGACAGACCAACAGAAAGAUGGGCCCCACUAGGUGCUGUAUCAAACCCUGAACCAUCAUCUUCUCUAUCAGAACACAGUCACCGUAGUGAAUCUGAGGAGCUGCAAAGGCUUGAAGAGGAGCAAGAACAACUGAACUCUUCGUUGUUGGCAUUAACAACACAUUUUGCACAAGUUCAAUUCAGACUUAAACAGAUUGUUAGUGCAGAUAAUGAUGACAAAGAGACACUAUUAAAGGAGUUGGAAGAGUUUGCCUUUAAAGGUAUACCAGAUGUGAGAGGUUGCAAGGUGCAAGAUGCGCAGAUUCUGGAAGAAAUGAGUGACAGAGAGCAUGAAACAAAAUUGUCAGAACAACGAGAAAAACAAAGGGAGCUAAUUACCCAACUUAAGUCACAACUUGAAGAUCUUGAGACCUAUGCUUAUGAGACUGGAGAGUCAAAGGAGCUACCUACAAGCAAACAGAUAGAGAAACAAAAAGUUGUAUUAGAUCAACUAAGAAACACACUUGAUCUGAAAAUCGACAAACUUGAUAAACUAAGUACUGAGGAGUUACGACAAGUGGUGGAUCAUGCUGUAGGCCAGAUUGUUAACCCAGCAAGGGUAAAAGAGAAGUUAGUGACUCAAUUAAAAACACAGAUAACUGACCUAGAGAGAUUUAUUGACUUUCUACAAGGAGAAGCCACUAGCCCUGGUCCUCUUGGUGAACACAGGUGUACUUGUCCAGUUCACCAAUCUGAGGGAAAAGGAAAAAAUAAGUUUAAUUUUGAUGAGAAAAGUGUGAGUAAAGACAGGAAGGAUAAAAGUGUUGAUGGUUCUGGUGAUCAAGAGAGUCAUGUGAAGCAGCUAAAGAGGACACUCCACAUGCUGCAGAUCUUUCUCAUUACACAACUAGGUUGUGGCAGUAGAAAUUUCCAGAAAAAUGCAAUGAAAAAGACGGCUAAAGGCAAUCAUUGGGGAGAUUUGAGGGCCAGGUUAGAAGUUGCAAUAGAUAAAGUAAUGACAGCAGCUAAAUAUCAGCCAGUUAAUGAUGAUGAGGACAAACCAGAGUUUAACAGUGACUCUGAGGAGAGCCAAGAGAUGAGCAGUCCAUUAUUAACACAGACUGUGAGAAAAGACCUAGCCAUGGCAAUCAGGGAUUUAAUACAGCAUGGUCUGAUGGAACUGGGUCAAAGUUCAACACUUGUACCAUGGGGAUGUUUCCCAUCAAGAUCAGCUGCUGUCACCAAGGAAAUGCAUGCCUGGGAUCUGCUACUUAAGUAUUAUGAAAUGAAGCAUGGGACAGAGUAUAACCAAUCUCCAGCAAGGAAAUUGUCUCAGUCGUUCCAUCUGGAGAUCGUUGGUGGUAAAGCGAUCACGUCAAAGCAGACGCUGCUCGGUGCAAUAGAUACAGUCAUCUCCUCACAUACACAUCUCAAAAGAUCCGAAGAUUCUCACUUCAAGGCAUUCAUAUGUCUCGCUCUCAAUGAGAACAAACUUACACAGUGGUUAAAGUUGAUAUUCCGGACACAAACUGUCGUAGACAAUUAUUACCAGGAUUGGAGUUAUGUUGCCAGAACAGGGUUUGAUGAUGCAAUAAAGUCUCUUGACAAAUUGAACUCUGUAAAGUUCCGGUUACCUGUUGACUUGGCGGUACGACCUUUCAGUAACAUCAAGGACGCUUUUUAAACCACAAACCUACCACAAACAUUAUCAGAAUGCAGUUAACAGUAACAGCUCUUCUCUUUGACAAAUUUUAGAUCAUACUUAUGUCAAUUUUCAGGCUCUUUUUGUGGUUGUUUUUUUUUUCUCCAAAAAAAAUGGUAUUAUAAGUUUCCAUAAGAAUGUUUUAAGUGCUAGAAAUUUAUGAUAAAAAAAAAGGGACGAUUUUCUGCAAGAAUUACUUGUGGAUUAUCAUACUAUAUAAUUAAGAUGUUAUGUUAAUUUUUUUGCUUCAAGUAUUACAGACAUACAUGUAUAUUGAGGGUUCCAUUUAGUGUUGUAGUAAAGUGUUGAACAUUGAGAGUAAAGUUUAGUCACAUGCCGUUUAUGGCCUUUAUUUGUUAGCAAGUUUUACCAGGAAUACAUCAGCUGAUUACUUACACCUUGUUUUAAAAGGGAUUAGCAUAUUACUAUAUACUUUGUUAAAGGCACAUUAUGCCACAGAAAUAAUUACAUUUUUCAUUCUUAAGAAAGGGCAAAUAUGAUUUUAUGAUGUUUGAAUAAUGGUUUUAGAGCAUGUUAGAUGCUUUUUGCCUGGAGAAAGUAGUGCUGAAUGUGAAAUUAUGUGUCAUAAAUGUAGCAAAAUGUAAACAAAGUAGUAUUCUGACAUCCAUAAAAAGUACUAAACUGUUAUAGUUGUACAAAUUGCCAAAAAGCAAAAGAUGGUUCAGGUGAUGAUGACAAAUGUGUUACUUUUUGGAAACUAUAACAAGACAUCAAAAAUGAAAAGCUAUAAUGGAAUAGAAAUAAAAGUAUUUCUGGGACAUAUUAGGCCUUUAAGUUAUAGAUAGAUGGUCUUUUUGCCAAAAUUUGUGUUCUUUUUAUGUUGUAUUUAUUUGGUUUCGGGUGAAGAUAGUUAUAACAUUCCUUCAUUUUUUAGGGGAAAAUUGGUUUGAUAGAGACAAUAUCAUAGCUAUAUAUAGCUUAUUUCCAAAUAUAUAACAUCAUUAUACAGCAAACAUAUGAUGUAUAUCUAUCUAUAGGGUCUUUAUGUAUAUUUAGUUUCUUUUUGAAACAGAUUUUAUUUUGUUUAUGUUGACUUUUUCAGCAAUUUAUUCACCCUGUAUAGCAGUUAAAUAAACUUGUUCAUAACCUUGAAAGAAGCAGUUAACAAAUAUAAUAAUGAGGUUGUUCAAGUUGGUCUUUAAAACGAAAUAAAAUUAUGCACCUUCUGAUACAUUAAACAGGACCAAUGUGAAAAUUCUUUAUCGAGAAGUGUGACUGUUAAAAGAAUGUCAAAACUUUUCAAUAAAAAAAUAUCAUUUUGACUUGAAACAGUAAAUUCAAACAUAUUUCUACAUUCAAACAUUGAAAUGUUUGUAGCUAUUUUUGAAAUGGAAUUGCAGUUUUCACAAGAUAAAAAACGUUCUGUGAAGUACUGCUUUGUCUCAAAAGAUAGUUUUAUGUGAGAUUGAAUCAUCAAAUUUUUUUUUUGUUAUAUUGAUAAAUAUUUUUGUUUGUGAUAUAAACAAUUACUGAUUAUAUUACAUUAAUAAUUUUCUAGUUUCUAAAAGAAAAAACUCAGAAAAUGUGAUUUUACAUUUUACAUUAAGUUGUUUUUUUAUUGUUUUCUCUAUAAAGUGAAGUCAAUUUAAGUUACUCAUAAUAAAAAUCUCCACUUCAGUUAUGGGUAUGGAAGUUGUUGAAUAUAUGUUAGUAAUAGAGAAUACUGGUUAUCAAAAUGAUAGUUGUACAUACUAACAAGAAUGUUGUGAUAAAACUUGUGCAAUGGUAGGUUGUUUCACACUCUUUAAAUGAGUUUAGUUUAUAAGGUUGUGAAUCGAUAAUACUCUUUUUUUCUGUUUUAUUAACUCUAUUGAUAAUAUUCACGAGGAUGUAAUUACUUUGAGAAGUUUCAAUUAAUUGGGGUUAUUAAUGCACGAAGUUAUUAAAAAGUUAAGUUGUUAAUAUAGACUGCUAUUAUAAUGACUGAGGUUAUUAAUGUAAGAUGUUAUUAAAGAUGUAUGUUAUUAAUGUAGGCUACUAUUAAUGACUGAGGUUAUGAAUGUAAGAUGUUAUUAAAGAUGUAUGUUAUUAAUGUAGGCUACUAUUAAUGACUGAGGUUAUGAAUGUAAGAUGUUAUUAAAGAUGUAUGUUAUUAAUGUAGACUGCUAUUAUUUAUGCAAGAUGUAAUAAAUGAUGUUAUUUAUGACCGAGUAAAAUGUUAUUAAUGACUGAGGUUAAUAAUGUAAAAUGUUUUUGAUGACUGAGGCUAUUAAUGUAAGGUGUUACAAUAUGUCUAAGGCUAUUAAUAUGAGAUGUAAAAAUGUCUAUUGUAAUCUCUUAGAAACCUAGUUAAAUAUAUGAUAAGUGUCUGACACUACUAUUUUAAGAUAUUAUGAAUUAAUGAGGAUAUAAAUGUACAAGAUUAUUGUUUGGUUUAUUCCCCCCAAGUUGAAAAUGUUAAG